CGUCAAUCAGAAGCUUGGUUUUGUUUUGUUUCAUGGCGCAUGCGCGCCGCCUGCAUCCGGCAGCCGGGGAGAAUUGCUGCCGGGCUCUCCUUGGCGUGGUUCUGCCGGUCAUGGCUCCGGACUCCGGGCCCUUCCCUGAUGGACAGACUUUGAAGCUGCUGCCGGUGGAUCCCCGGGACCGGGGUACCCAGCGCUGCCGCCUGGGGCCGGCGGCCCUCCGCAGCCUGGGCGCCCGCCUGGGCUCGCCGCUGAGGAUCUCGUUGCCCGCCGGCGGCUGCUGCCUCUGCACGGCCUGGCCCCGGCGCGACGGGGCGGACGGCUUUGUGCAGCUGGACCCGCAGUGCGCGAGCCCCGGGGCCGCGGCAGCAGCGGGCAGGAUCAGUCUGGACAGCUUGCAGCCGGUGCCCUGUCCGCCGCUGCGGCGCCUCGAGGUGUGGCCGGCGCUGCGACCGCAGGCGGGAGCCCCGAGCCCCGCUGCGGUGCUGGAGGUAGCGCACGAGCUGCUGCGCCACCGGCCGGUGUCGCGGGGGCACGUGGUGGCCACCCCUCCGGGCGUCCCCGGCCCCGUGGCAGCGCUGCACGUGGUGGGCGGGACACCGGACCCGGAGCCCGCCGGGUUGGUGACACCGCACACCCGCAUCACGCUCAGCGACAAGCCGCCGCCGCCGCCGCCGCCGCAGGUCGAGCCUCCCGGGGAGGUGGCCCUUGGGGGCCUGUCGGAGACGGCCGACUCCCUGCGGGAGCUGCUCCGCCUGCCGCUGCGCUACCCGCUCGCCCUCGCCGCGCUUGGGCUGGCGGUGCCUCGCGGGGUGCUCCUGGCGGGACCCCCGGGAGUGGGCAAGACCCAGCUGGUGCGUGCCGUGGCGCGCGAGGCGGGCGCCGAGCUGCUGGCGGUGAGCGCCCCGACCUUGCAGGGCGCCCGGCCCGGGGAGACCGAGGAGAACGUGCGGCGCGUCUUCCAGCGCGCUCGGGAGCUGGCCAGCCGCGGGCCCAGCCUCCUCUUCCUGGACGAGGUGGAUGCCCUGUGUCCCCGGAGAGGCGGCCCGCGGCGAGCCCCCGAGAGCCGCGUGGUGGCCCAGGUGCUGGCGCUGCUGGACGGCAUCCACGGGGAUCGGGAGUUUGUGGUGGUGGGAGCCACUAACCGGCCAGACGAGCUAGACCCAGCGCUGCGCAGACCCGGGAGGUUUGACCGAGAGGUUGUCAUUGGGACUCCCACGCUUAAACAAAGAGAGACAAUUCUGCAAGUGAUUACUUCGAAGAUGCCCAUCUCCAGUCACAUUGAUUUCAGUCUCCUGGCAGAAAUGACAGUUGGCUAUGUCGGUGCUGACUUGACGGCACUCUGUAGGGAGGCUGCCCUGUGUGCCCUUCUUAAGCAUGAGAAGAACCAAGACAGUCCUAAGAUUGAUGAAACAGACUUUCUUGAAGCCUUGAAAAAGAUUCAGCCCUCAUCGUUUCGGAGUUCUGUUGGACUGAUGGACAUCAAGCCUGUUGGCUGGGAGCAGAUAGGAGGACUUGAGCAUGUAAAGCUGAAGUUAAAGCAGUGUGUCGAGUGGCCUCUGAAGUUCCCUCAGGAAUUUGCUAGGAUGGGUCUGAAGCAGCCAAAGGGCCUUCUCCUCUACGGUCCCCCUGGGUGUGCUAAAACCACUCUGGUGAGGGCCCUGGCCACAAGCUGCCACUGCUCUUUCGUGUCAGUGAGCGGAGCCGACCUCUUUUCACCUUAUGUUGGAGAUUCAGAAAAAGUCUUGUCUCAGGUAUUUCGACAAGCAAGAGCCAAUACUCCAGCGCUUGUGUUUUUGGAUGAAAUUGACUCAGUCUUGGGGUCUCGCUCAGUCGGCACCUUGGGAUGUGAUGCUCGGGAGCGAGUUCUUUCAGUUCUGCUGAAUGAGCUCGAUGGUGUGGGAGUUAGGAUGGUAGAGAGAAGAGGGAGUAAAUCAGACCACCAGGAAUACCAAGAAAUGCUUCAUCGGAAUGUCAUGAUUGUUGUGGCAACAAAUAGGCCUGACGUUUUAGAUGAUGCCUUGUUACGACCUGGAAGACUGGAUAAGAUGAUCUAUGUGCCCCCUCCUGAUCGAGAGGGCAGGCUGUCUAUUUUAAAAGUCUGUACGACCAACAUGCCAAUAGGGCCUGACGUUUCACUAGAAAAGCUAGCAGCAGAAACGCGUUUUUUCUCCGGAGCUGAUCUCAGAAACCUGUGCAAAGAAGCUGCCUUGUUUGCUCUGCAGGAGAACGGACUGGAAGCAACCACCGUGAAUCAGGAGCACUUCGGAGAAUCACUCAGGACCGUGAAGCCAUCCUUAAGUCGGAAAGGCUUGACUCUGUAUGAAAACCUGUUUAAGAAAGGCCUUUCUAACUUGGAAGAUAAUUAAAUUUUUAUUUUAUUUGGUUUUCA